AUGGAUAAAAAAUUAAUUAUCCUCAAUAAUUACGCAAAACUCCUCGAAGAUUCUGAUGAAUAUAAUGUUAUCAUAAAUGCCGGUGAAGGACCAUCCUUAAAAACUUUUAACGCUCAUUCCGUGAUUCUCAAAGCACAAUCCCCUUAUUUUCUCUCGGCUUUAAAAAAUUGCGAAAAAAAAAAUGACAAAUUUCUAUUCGAGAAACCAAACGUUUCACCCAAAGUAUUUGACGUUGUCUUAAAAUAUAUUUAUAGUGGUAGCAUCUCCCUCGUAAAUUUCAAUUCGGAAGAAUUGAUGGAUGUACUUGUUGCCGCCAGUGAAUUCAUUUUAAAUGAAUUAGUUGGUUAUAUCGAAGAUAUUCUUUUAGCAUCUCCUAAUGAAUGGCUAA